AUGAUAACUCCUUUAACCGUUCCCGAAUACGUGCGAGAAGCGCUAAACAGCGUGGCACAAACGUUGGGCUUUACCGGCAACCAACAUUCGGUGGAUUAUGAUUUUCGUACCAGCGAAAACAAUCGUUCGGUGGUGUCCAUUUUCUACCGGGUGACAUUUCGUGAAGAACCACGUGAAGUUACCGUGCUGUGUAAAGUGCCGCCAACCGAUGCUGACGACACCAUGUUGGCAAUGUUUGAGCGUGAAGUGUUCGUUUAUGGGAAGCUUUUGCCCGCUUUUGCACAGUUUCAGCGUUCCAAACGGGAAGGAACGCCCGAUGCAUCGGUUGUCGAGGAGGAGUUGGUAUCCUUUGGACCGCUGUGCUAUCAUGCACAUUGUGACGCUAAAAAGGGUGAAGGAAUUAUCAUACUAGAAGACGUCCAAAGGCGUGGAUUUACCAACCGGCACAAAUUUGAACCCAUGGACUAUGAUCAUGCCCGUCUGGCGAUGAUGCAGUUGGGGCGAUUCCAUGCACUUUCUCUAGCGCUGAAGAAGCAACAGCCGGAACUGUUUGAACAGUAUCGCUACAUGGGUGACGUUACCGGCGAGCGUGUGCUAGCGAUGGAAGGGUUCGAGCAAGCAAUGGAACAAGCAUUCGAGAGUGCUGCCGCCACGCUGAAUCCGGGUGAUGUGGGAAGACGCGAAAAAUUGGCACGUCUUCGUGGGUCGUUCGCCGAGGAACUGCAGAGCAUCAAUGACACCGCUCUGUCGGAACCGUUCUGCGUUGUUUGUCACGGAGAUUUUGCGGGCGAUAAUAUGAUGUUUUCCUACAAUGGUGGAUUUCCUAACCGAAUGGUGCUGCUCGAUUGGCAGCUGGCCAAGUAUGGAUCUCCGGCACUGGAUUUUGUUCACACCGUCUUUCUGUCGACGGAUGAAUCGUUUCGUCGCAAUCACUACGACAACAUGCUGCAGACUUACCAUAAUGCGUUAAUGAGUCAUCUUGAACGACUGGGUGAUGAUAGUGCAACGGAAUGGUUUCCACUGACAGUGGUAAUGCGACUGGUCAAACUUCAAGCCCGACAAGCUUUGGUGCUCGGUAUGCUUCACAUCCCACUAACAGUUGCCAGCGAGGAAGCUACGGUUAUAGCAGAAGAUAAAACCGACGAAACUCGCGAAGAUUCCAGCUCGGUGCAGAUUAGUGAUACGAGUGACGCAAAGUAUCAGACACGCAUGGCCGGUCUGUUGAAGGAUGUGUUCCGAUUGGGUUUUCUUUGA